UCAGCAGGCCGAAGGGGCUGCCUCCCCGCGCAGCCUCCGGCCUGAGGCCAUUGCUAGCAAAAGGGGGGAGCCAGCCGGUGGGGGCUGCGGCACACAGGCGCGGGAGCCGGUGCGGUGUCAGGUGCAGCUCGGACUCUCGGACCGGGCCGAUUUGCAUUUUACCCUUUCUUCCCUCUGCAUCCAGUUAUCUUCAGCAUGGGGGAACAGAACCACUCUCCCGGGAAGGAGCUUCAGCCCUGGACACGAACAGAGGCUCCUGGAAAGAAAAGCUGGCACCCCCAGGCCUACGCCCUUGGGGCUGUUUCCAACUUUAUGUCUACUUUUCUGACCUUUCCUAUCUAUAAGGUUGUGUUCCGGCAACAGAUACAUGCCGUAGCGGUGUCACAGGCCAUUCGGCAGCUUUGGCACGAAGGCCCUCAAUACUUCUACCGGGGAAUCUACCCGCCUCUUCUCUCCAAGACGCUGCAAGGGACUCUGCUGUUUGGGACUUAUGAAAACCUGCUGUGUUCCCUCUGCCCUGUUGGGCCCCACUCCCUGGGACACCGCUGCACUGCAGGGCUCAUGUCUGGUGUGGUGGAGGCUGUGGCGCUCAGCCCCUUUGAAAGGGUGCAGAAUGUGCUCCAGGAUGGUCGCAAGCAAGCUCGCUUUCCCAGCACCUUCAGCAUCCUCAAGGAAUUCCACUCUUAUGGGCUUUGGGGGCGGCUGUCAAUGGGUUACUAUCGUGGUUUCUGGCCUGUCCUUCUCAGGAACAGCCUGGGGAGUGCUCUGUAUUUCUCCUUCAAGGACCCCAUCCGGGAUAGCUUAGCAGAGCAAGGCCUGCCCCACUGGGUUCCUGCCUUGGUGUCUGGGAGUGUCAAUGGAACCAUCACUUGCCUCAUUCUGUAUCCUCUGAUUGUGCUCGUAGCCAAUAUGCAGUCCCAUAUUGGCUGGCAGAGCAUGCCAAGCCUGUGGGCCUCUGCCCAGGACGUGUGGGACACACGGGGCCGAAAGGUGUUCCUCAUCUACCGUGGAGGUUCCCUGGUCAUCCUAAGGUCCAGCGUGACAUGGGGCCUCACUACUGCGAUCCAUGACUUCCUGCAGAGGAGGGCUCGUUCCAGAAAAGAGCUGAAAGACUGACCAGCUGCAGGCAGUGUGGCCAUGGCAACUGGUGAUUCUAAGCCUUCACUGCUUGGUUUAGAUAGCUUACUUCUUUGUCCUGGUCACCUAAUACAACUAUUCUUUAGCAUCUUUAUACCGUCAGUGCACUGAGAAGUUCCCAACUACCAGCCUGUGGGGCAAAGACAAAGCCCAAUAGGGCUCCUUGGUCAGAAAGAGAAAUUCACUCCACUCCAUCCACAGCCUCAACAGCCUCAGACCCAGGAGGCCUUUAAGUAACUUCUAACACAGAUGAAAUGUCAUCCUUUUAAGGAUGUCCAUGGCCAUAAGAGGAAACUCUAAAAGAUGACCUUACUUAGGCACUGUGAGUUCUGGUACCCCUCCAGGUUUCCUCUGGGCCAAACAGGGUGGAGGACCAGGAGUUCCAAUUUCAGAGAACUCAGAAUCCCAAUUCUUGACUCAUAGAAUGGGGAUUUCACAGAUUUUCUCAAAUGGCUACAUUUUCUUGACAUUGUUCAGUACCCCAGCCACCACCACUCUCACUUCUCAAGCUGUUGGAUACUAGUUUCAAGGUAGCAGUUUUGUCUGGAAAUCCUGACUUAGACUUGCCCCAACUGAUCAGGUGCCAUGAGAACUGGUGGGGUUGGAGGUGGAAGUGGGAAGAAGUGUGGUCCCUGGAUGGAUGGAAAGAAUAGACAUAGAGGGAAGAGGUUCAACUGCAUGCAGAAUAGAAAAUUCUAUCGAUUGCUUGGUGUUAAGUGCUGGGACAUUUCUGAUAGCAAGGCAGUAACAUUGCCUAGAAACCACUUGAGUUUCCCUAAGAAAUAUGGAACUGAAGUGACCAUAUCUCUUCAUAAAUAAUUACAUAUUUUAUUGCUGUGGAUAAAUAUAGUUACUCUAAUGCAAGUUAAAGAUGUGAAAUCUUAGCCUAUCAUUUAGAGCUCUUCAGAAUAUGGUCCCCAUAAAACCUGUAGCAUUUUAUCAAGCUACUCCCACUUACAUAGAUCCCAUACACCAGCCAGACUGGACUAUUAUUCUCUCCCCAGAUGUGCCAUUAACUUUCCUAGGGUCAUGCUUUGGCCCACGCUAUUUUUUCCACUUGUAAUAACCACUCUCUACGUGCCAGUCUGCCAAAAUCCUUCCAGUUCCUCAAGGCCCAGCUCAGAUGCCACCUUCUCUAAAGAACCUCUUCUGAUUGCUCCCAACUGAAUGUGAUGGUAGUCUCUUGUGAUGCCCUUCUCCAGUAACAUUUCAUACAUGGCACUGAGUCCAUUAUGCCACUGAUCUUGCGUGGUCCUGUGAUCUUGAUGUUCUUCAAUACCUCCUAUGGGACUAAAAACUCCUUGAAAGCAGGGAUUCUUGUACUCAUUUUAAGAUCCUCCAUUGUGCCUAGGUGCUCAAUAAUGUUGGCUGAAUUGUUGGAUUGAUUAUCAAGCUGUGAUACGGUCUUUAUCCUCAGGGUGCUGUCCCUUGUACAUGAAAAUAAUGUUAUUGAUUCACUGUCAUUAAGACACCUGCCUGUGGACUGUGAUUUUUGUUUUAUUAGUGGAUUUAAUUUUUGCUAAUGAUAAUGAUGCUGAUGAUGAUUAAUAAUAACGAUAAUUAAAAAAAGACUUUCAACUGGGACAUUUGAUGAGUUUGUGUUAUUGAUGGCAUGUUUGUUGUUAGCAACACUGUAGGAACUGAAAUUUCACCAAGGCACCUUGAUGGUCUGAUUUGUUUCAACUCUGGAAUUUUGAGAAUUUCCAAGACAACAUAUAUUGCAGCUUUGCCCUUAGAGAUGACAUCAUGUAAUAAUCUCCAUUUGCACCUCCUUACCAAACCAAACUUUUUAUAAUGAUCUGAUUAUAGAUCCUAGCAGGGAGGAUUCCUCACUGAAUAGCACAGAAAUUAAAGACACACUAUAAGUGGUAUGAGAUUAGAAAGCAUUUGCCAGUAAGGUCAAUAGAAAAUGGCUGGUGCAGAAUCAGUGCAGACCUGGGCAGAGUGGGACAGUACUCUGCUUGUAGAUUCAAGGACAAAGAAGACAGAGUCUGUAUAAGGGAAGAAAACAUAGAAGAGCAGGUAGUUCUAUUUCAAGGCGAACUCUCAGAAUGAAGAUACUUAAAAAAAAUCACUGCUUAAGCUAAUGGCUUUGGUUAUUUAAGCUCAAAAGAAGAGGAUACAUUACCAUACUCCUCCACUUUUUUUUAUUCAAGAGAUGAAUUUAUUUCCUUGUAUACUAUUGAUUUCCACUUAUAUCAGUAUAUUAGUCCAUGUCCCUUUCUUCAUUUUAACUUUUUAUUUAGAAAUAAUUUUAACCUUCUAGAAAGGUUGCCAGCAUAAGUAGAAUUUAUGCCCAUAUACACUUUACUCAGAUCACCUGCUGUUAAUAUUUUACCUCAUUUGCUUUAUUAUUUGAGCACUCUUUCACUAUCUACACACCCGUGAUAUUUUUCCUGAACAGUUGUUAUUUUAAGUAUUUUUAGUUUCAAUCUUUGUAGAUUCAAAUUCUUUUAAAAAGUCUAAGGAUUUUAUCUCUAUGACAAUGGUGCAGUUAUCAUAGAAUAUUAGAAGAUGAAAACUCAUGACAUAUUUUAAAUCUACAUUAGUGGUAAUUGUUUAAAUUUACUGUAUUUGCCUUUAUAAAAACUUUAAAUUUACAUUAUAUAUGUUAAUACUUGAAGCCAUGCAAUUAUAAACGUGAAUUUGCAACUAAGGCAUGUUAUAAUUUAGACAAUUUAUUUUUACAAACUUGUUCAUAUACAAUCCUAGGAAAAAUUAUAAAAUUGUGUGACCCUAUCAACUUUUCCUAUUUAUAUCUUCCGAGUAAAAUUUAAGAGUAUAGGACUUCCCGCUGUGGUGCAGUUGGUUAAUGAUCUGGCUUGUCUCUGUGGUACUGGUGGUUCAAUCCCUGGCCUGGGAACUUCUAUAUGCCAUGGUUGUGGCCAAAGAGGGGGAAAAAAGUAUGAUAGUUUUCUAGUAAUUUUAAAUAUGAAUAUUUAGUUUGUGGUGUUAAUAUAUUUUCUGAUAUUUAAAGAUGAUUUUUGGACUUGAGAUCAAUAAAGUAAGGAGGUAAUAAAUACCUACAUUUGUUUAAAACUUACAAAAUGGAGAAUAUAACACUAAAGCUAUUUGGUAUAAAAAAGAGGAAAGAAAAAGGAUAAAAAAAAAUCCCCGUAUGAGCUCUGUAUAUUUGUCUU